AAUUGCUGGACACAAGUCUGCGCACAUAUCAAAUUUGUACAGCUAAGUUCAAAAGAUUGGACAAAUUAGAAAAAGUCAGAGGAAAAAUCUUCAAUUUGCAGGCCAUUCAAGUUACAAAAGCUUAUCUGCAAAAAAUUCGUAGAGAGACAGAAUAUUGUAGGCGAUGGCUGCACAGGGAAGCAGGAGGCUUCUGUUUUUCUCGUGUUUCUUCCUGCAGUAUCUUCUCUCUUGUUAUGCGGAAGUAGUGGUGUACACGCUCAAGCAAGGCGACCAGCUACGGGACCAGGACGCCGAUCAUCUCGUUUCUCCGCACGGUUACUUCAAGCUGGGGUUCUUCAGUCCCGGUGCUUCGAGUGACCUGGGUGCCACGAGCAAUCGAUUCUUGGGAAUAUGGUACAGCAAACUACCAAAUCAUCCCGAUGCGGUGUGGGUGGCAAACCCUGAAACUCCGGUCGUGGAUUCGUCUGGAGUGUUUAUGUUGGAUAGUGAUGGGAAAAUGAAGAUCAAACAUGGUGGAGGGGAGAUUAUUCUGUGGGAUCACAAUCAGACAGUUUCCGGUAAUGUGACUGGCUAUAUGAUGGAUACCGGAAACUUUAUGUUAAGGGAAGUAGCAUCGGAUGGAACUCCCGGAAAGAUUUUGUGGGAAAGUUUUGAUUAUCCAUCAAACACAUUGUUACCUGGAAUGAAGUUAGGCUUGGACUUUAGGACCGGGCGUAAUCGAACAGUUUCUUCAUGGUUCAGCGGUCAGGUGCCUACGCCAGGUGCUUUCCGGCUUGGUGUGGAUCCCAAUCGCACCAACCGGUUAAUCAUCUGGCGGCGAGACGUUGUAUACUGGACCAGUGGGAUCUGGGAAAGUGGAAGUUUUCAGAUGGCCCCUCAACUGACAAGCAGGGUUGAUUUGUUCGAGUUCUCUUUUGUUUCAAAUGCAGAGGAGAAGUACUUCACUUAUUCUGUCAAAGACAACUCUACUCUUUCGAGAUGGGAACUCAAUACUUGGGGCCAACUCUUGCAGUCGAUUUUAGCCUCAGACGGUACAACAUGGAACACCACAGCCACAGGUCCAUGUACGUUCAACCCAGACUAUCCGGAUGCAGUGUGCAUAAAGCAGACGACCUCUGAAUGCAGGAAUGGUUCCGAGCUAUUCCUACCGAUAAAAGGCUACUUAAUUGAUGCUCAGUUGACAUAUAAUGAUAGUAACCCUAACUUGGAUCUUAGCGACUGUCACGCAAUUUGCUGGAGGGAUUGCGCCUGUAUCGGCUACGGACCUUUCCAUCCCAAUGGGUCUGGAUGUCUGUAUAUGAGAGAAGGAGCACAUUUUGUCAAGAAUAAUUACUUUGGAGUUAAUUACCUCGUUACCAUAGCAAAUAAUAGCAGAGAUGGAACACCUACCGAAGGAAGUAAAAAGAGCAAAUGGUGGAUAUGGUGUAUCGUGGGGAUUAUACUUGCAGCGGCAGUGCUACCUUUGGGCUACUUCCUCUAUACAAGGAAAAGAAAGUCUCAACACGUGCAACAAACUGACAAUGCGGAAACAAUCCAAGAGCAAGGGUUACUUGACUUGGGAUCUCAAAUCAGCGGAAUGCGUGACAUAUUCAAACUCAAAUUCGGCAAAAGCCGGCGGCUGGAAUUUAAGAUGUUCACUUUUCCUGAAUUAGUGGCUGCAACAGAUGACUUCUCAUUUGCCAGAAGGCUAGGAGAGGGUGGUUUUGGACCGGUUUACAAGGGUGUAUUACCAGACGGGCAACAGGUAGCAGUAAAGAGACUCGCAAGACAUUCAGGACAAGGACUAGAAGAAUUCAUGAAUGAGAUAACACUUAUAGCUGAACUUCAACAUAGUAAUCUUGUUCGGCUUUUGGGUUGUUGCAUUCAAGGAGAAGAGAAGAUUCUGAUCUAUGAAUACUUGACAAAUACAAGCUUGGAUGCCUUCCUCUUUGAUUCCACUAGAGUGUAUCUCUUAGAUUGGCAGAGGCGCAUCAGCAUCAUUGAAGGGAUUGCACAAGGACUUCUUUAUCUUCAUAAGUACUCUAGAGUUAGAGUCAUACACAGAGAUCUGAAAGCUAGCAACAUUUUACUAGACGAAAGCAUGAAACCUAAGAUAUCAGAUUUUGGAAUGGCCAGAAUCUUCGCACAGAAUGAGUCCAGAGCAAAUACGAAUAGAGUUGUAGGAACAUAUGGCUAUAUGUCUCCAGAGUAUGCCAUGAAUGGCAUUUUCUCUGAGAAGUCUGAUGUAUACAGCUUUGGAGUUUUACUGCUGGAGAUCGUGAGUGGCAGAAAGAACACUGUUUUCGUUUCAUCUACUAAUCUCAGCCUUAUUGAACUUGCCUGGGGUUUAUGGCAACAAGGUGACUGUCUAGAGAUAAGGGACCCAUCAAUGGACUCAUGUCCAAAAGACGAAAUUUCGAAAUAUGUUCAUGUUGGUCUGCUAUGUGUGCAAGAACAUGCAGUGGAUAGACCUACUAUGUCGGAAGUAAUAUCCAUGCUCACAAGUGAUGUCAUGUUUUUACCAGAUCCAAAACAGCCCGCAUUCUAUGUCUCAAGAAGUGAAUACGGAUCAUCCCAAGCUGCGAUAAGGUCGGAUAUGGGUUCUUCAAAUUGUGUAUCUAUAACUGUAAUGGAACCUAGAUAACAACACCAACUUCACGUUCCAUUAGAUAGUAUUCAUCAUUCAAAUAUGAAUUUUACAAAUGUAAUGCGCGGGGGAAAUCCCGUCGAGUUUAGGAAGUUUUCGGAUACAUUCUUGCCACAAAAGGCUAUUUCUUUAUUUCUUAAUGAAUAUAUAUAAAUUCGUGAAACUUUAUGUGA